AUGGCACAUAGGUUCUUCUCAUCUAGGCCUACGAACAGAUUCAGCGCCAGAUUCGCCUUUAUAUUCACUUUGUCACUGUCUUGCACCUAUUUAUGCUAUAGUAUUAUUUUUUGUCGCGGCACAAUCAUGACAAACCAGGGUUACGAGGGGGACAGAUGCCCGCCGAGCAAGAACGCAGGAGGGAAGAAACUUCUUGGAAAUUUAGAAAAUUGCGCUUCGCUGGAAGUCAGGUCCGCCCUGGAUGAGACUGCUGCCCAGCGAGGAUCAAGUGAUCCCCGCGACCAAACUAAAGCCCCCGCCUCGUCUGGAAGUCACUGGACUGACGUGAAGUUAGGAAACAUGAGCGUUGCGCAGAAAUAUGGGAAUAAGAAGCUGCCUAAUGCGUUAAUAGUCGGGGUAAAGAAAGGAGGCACCAGGGCGGUGCUGGAGUUCAUCCGGAUACAUCCAGAUGUGCGCGCGCUCGGAACAGAGCCGCACUUUUUCGACAGAAACUACGACAGAGGGCUGGACUGGUACAGGGGACUAAUGCCACGAACACUAGACAGCCAGAUCACAUUAGAGAAGACUCCCAGCUACUUUGUCACCACAGAGGCACCCAGACGCAUCUCCAGCAUGUCCCAUGAGACCAAGCUGAUUGUUGUGGUGCGUAACCCUGUCACAAGAGCCAUCUCUGACUACACUCAGACUCUUUCCAAGAAACCCGACAUCCCUACGUUUGAAGAGCUGGCCUUUAAGAACAGAAGUUUAGGUCUAGUCGACACUUCCUGGAACGCCAUUCGGAUCGGGAUGUAUAUUCUGCACCUGGAGAACUGGCUGCAGUACUUUCGCCUGUCGCAGAUGCACUUUGUGAGUGGGGAGCGGCUGAUCACCGAUCCGGCAGGGGAGAUGGGACGUGUUCAGGACUUUUUAGGUCUGAAACGAAUAAUCACGGACAAGCACUUCUACUUUAAUCGAACCAAAGGCUUCCCCUGUCUGAAGAAGCCGGAGAGCAGCAGCCAGCCACGCUGCCUCGGUAAAUCCAAGGGUAGGACUCAUGUGCAGAUCGACCAGGAGGUCAUAGACCAGCUGCAGGAGUUUUAUAGGCCAUUUAAUAUCAAAUUCUAUGAAACUGUGGGACAAGACUUCAAGUGGGAUUGA